AUGGAUGAAAAUUAUGGUGAAGAUCAGUUAUAUAUUUCUCAAGUUGUAGAUGAUCAAAAGCCAAAAUAUGGGAUGGAAUUCUCAUCAAUAGAUGAGGCAUUUUCAUUAUAUAACCAAUAUGCACGCGAAUCCGGAUUUAGUGCAAGGAUAAAUAGUAGCAAGAAAAAUAAGAUAACAAAUGAGGUUGUGUGGAAAACAUUUGUAUGCUUUAAAGAAAGGCAUACAGAUGAUCAACGGAAUAAACAAGCAAAGGGUGAUCAACAGACAAGGGAAAGAACACGUGGUGAAGUUAGAACUGGUUGUAAGUCAAAGAUUUCACUUGUCAAGAAACAAACUGGAUCUGCAUGGGUUGUCACUGAUUUCACGGAAGCUAUGGAAGUAGCUUUGGUAACUGUUGUGGGUCACUUCAUGGUCGAUAAUGUGGCCAUUCUUGUCGAACUCGAUGAGAAACUCAAGGCAAUGAUUCGUACCAAAAGGAAGAUGGAGAAGCUCAAGGAAUUGUUGACGAUUAUUGACGCAGUGAUCGAAGAUGUUGAAUCCCACCAUUCUAUUGUUGAUUCUGUGAAGGACUUGCUCAAAUACUUGGCCUACGAUCUUGAGGAUAUUGUGGAUUACUACGGUCUUCCAGAAGAAGUAGAGAUCAAAAACUUUUUCAAGGAAAAAGAUCAUAUUAGUUUUGCAGAGAACAACAAUGAAUCUGUCAUGUAUCUGCACGAUGUCUGCUUGUAA